GCUUUCACCUCCACCUCCACCACCACCACGACCUCGUCUUCCCCUUCUCUUUUUUCUCUACAAACCCAUCCACCUCAAUCAUUCCCGCCCAAAGCAAACCACCCCUCCCUCCUCUUUUAUCCCAUGAAACCCUAACCCUAAUCCACUCCCCACUCCCCUCCCUUCGUUCCCAUGGCUCCCUUGCCGCUCCGCCUCGGCUUCCACCUCUCCCCCUCGCGCUCCUCCUCCGGAGAAGAAGAAGAGGAGGAGGAGGAGGAGGAGGAGGAAGAGGAGGAGGAGGAGGAGUAUCCGAUCUCGUCGCCGCUGAUCAUGGCGGGGGCGGAGGGGGAGAGGGUCGCGGGGCAGCAGUUCUCGCUCGCGGCGGCGCUCGUGGCGGCGCUGAGGAGGUCGCUGGUGGUGUGCGGCGGGGUCGCCACAGCCGCCGUCGCCGGGGAGGACGGGUGCGGCGGCGGCGGCGGCGGCGCGCCGUCGAUGGACAUCGGGUGGCCCACCGACGUGAGGCACGUCGCGCACGUCACCUUCGAUCGCUUCGACGGGUUCCUAGGGCUACCCAGGGAGCUGGAGCCCGAGGUUCCUCCUAGGGCUCCCAGUGCCAGCGCAAGCGUGUUUGGAGUUUCUGCCAAAUCUAUGCAAUGCUCCUAUGAUAAAAGAGGGAAUAGUGUUCCAACAAUUUUGCUUAGAAUGCAAAGGCACCUAUAUCUACGAGGAGGUCUUCAGGUGGAGGGGAUCUUCAGAAUUAACGCCGAAAAUAGCCAGGAUGUGUAUGUUAGAGACCAUCUAAACAGAGGAGUUGUACCUCACGAGGUUGAUUUGCAUUGCCUAGCCGGCUUAAUAAAGGCAUGGUUUAGGGAACUUCCUACAGGUGUACUUGACUCACUAACACCAGAUCAGGUGAUGCACUGCAACACAGAACAAGAAUGCUCCCAACUGGCAAAAAUGCUACCGCCAACAGAGGCUGCAUUACUUGAUUGGGCCAUCAAUCUCAUGGCUGAUGUUGUGGAGCAUGAACACUACAACAAGAUGAAUGCUCGGAAUAUUGCAAUGGUUUUUGCUCCUAACAUGACUCAGAUGGCAGAUCCCUUGACUGCUUUGAUUCAUGCAGUCCAAGUGAUGAAUUUCCUCAAAACAAUGAUCAUAAAGACUCUACGGGAAAGAGAGGAAUCGGUGAAUGCAGCUACGGUAAUCCAGCAGUGCUCUGACUCUCCGAGUGACAAAGAUGAACUUAAUUCGUCGGAACCUAUAGAAAAAUCCUCUUUGAAUUCGUCUCAAAGAACCAUUGAUUCCACUAUUCUUGAUGCGACUGCUUUAGACAAGCUCCUCUUCAGCGCCGGACAUAAUCCGGAGAAUACUGUUGGGGAGGAUUUUCAGUGCUUUGAGAAGAAUGAUGAAGUGGAAAUUCCGACCUUACGGAAUGGUUCAGAAAAUGGAAUCGGUAACAGAGAUAUAGAAGGCUUGUUGGAUAGGUUUAGCUUGAGAAAAGGAGUGCGAAAGCUGUGCCGGCAUCCCGUGUUUCAUCUGAGCAGGUCGAUGAAGAAGUCGGGGGAGCUCGGCAUCGUAGAAUCCGGUGAAGGAAGAGAAGCUUGGGUGUGAGAUAUUGAUAUUGGGAUUAGCAAGUUGAUAGUUCCAUAGCAGUGUUUAGAAUUUUAUUUGUUCGAAACAUUCGUAGGAAAUGAAAGUAUGUGGCGAAAAGUUUUAUCAAUGUACAUGUCGGUUUGCUAUUUCAUAGAUCAGAGCGACUUUCGAAACACGGAAGUGCAGAACAAACCAGCUAUGUCAAAUGACUUGCAAUAGGUUGUUGAAUGGUGAUUUCAUUUCAACUCGAAUGAAUGUUCGCAUUUGCAUA